AAGAGACUCCAGGAGCAUAUAAGGGGAGGGGCAGGAGGUCCAGGCACGAGAUACCCUGGGCAGAUUCUCCCAGUCAGAUCUUGAGAUGUUCCAGCCAGAGGUCAUGCUGCUGUUGGUGAUCCUUGCUGUGCUGGGGACCCCAGCCUUUUCGGCAGAUGAUUAUCAUGGCACAACAACGGGCACACCUUUCUGUACUUCCAUACCUGAGGGAAAAAACCUAACAGGAGUUCGCAUGUAUGUUCGGAAUAACAUGAUCAUGGGUGUCCAGGUGGAGCAUGAUCACAACUGGGGUGAUGUAAGUGGCUACGCCGAGGGGACUCCUGUGGUGCUAACUCUGAGCGAUGAUGAACACGUCCUCUGGGUCUUCGGCACAUACAGAACCUAUAUUCAGCAAAUAGUCCUGUACACCAGCAGGCCACGGGAUCAGUAUUUUGGGUCCCUCAAAGGUCCCAAUGAGUUCUCCGAUUACCCUCAAAAUGCUGACCAUGUGCUCAAGGGUUUCUGUGGCUUUUAUGUGAGGGGUGGGUUAAGGGCCAUCAAAUUUGUGUGGGGGAGUGCAAGUGGGACGUGCACAGAGUAAGGCGCAUGGCCACACAAGCUGAAGCGGUCAGUGUCAACCCCCCCCCCGCCCCGAUUUCCAAACUGAACCCACUAAUGAAUACAACAUCUGCAUGAA